AUCGUCAAGGGCUGGGAAUGAGGAAAGAUGAUCAAUAAAUGGGCGCCCAAAAGUGCGACCGAAAAAAGACCCGUAUAAUUUCGGUCGCGCUUUUCGGCCAGUGGAGUCACCAAGGGGGAAGGUGACCCUACAUCAGGAAGAGGUGAACAAAUGUCGCGACCUGGUCGCUGCCCAAAAGUGCGACCGAAAAGAAACCCGUAUAAUUUCGGUCGCGCUUUUCGGCCAGUAGAUCACAAGAGAGAAGAUCGCCGUCACCUCUCGUCGCCUCAAUAUCGGAGGAAAAUGGGACAGAAUUGAAAUUGAAUAGUGAACGUCUAUUGUAUCUCAAUAUUAUGGGACAGGACAGAAUUGAAAUGGAAUGCUAUCUCAAUAUUAUCUCAAUAUCGGAGGAAAAUGGGGCAGAAUUGAAAUUGAAUAGUGAACGUCUAUUGUAUCUCAAUAUUAUGGGACAGGACAGAAUUGAAAUCGAAUGCGGAUCGCCAGGUGGAAUAAUCAAAUUAAGGCCACAAGAGCGGGCGGCGGAUGCGGUGAGCCAACCGAUCGACCCGCCGCAAAAGAAAGUGAGAACGAAUCCCGAGUUCCACAAUUUAAGGUCCUGAAAUUAUAA